GAGGGCGGCCCAGGAUGGCUGCAGCUUCAUAUGAUCAGUUGUUAAAGCAAGUUGAGGCAUUAAAGAUGGAGAACUCCAACCUUCGGCAAGAGCUGGAGGAUAAUUCCAAUCACCUAACAAAACUGGAAACAGAGGCGUCUAAUAUGAAGGAAGUGCUGAAACAGCUACAAGGAAGUAUUGAAGAUGAAGCAAUGGCAUCUUCUGGACAAAUUGACUUACUGGAACGACUUAAAGAGCUGAACUUGGAAAGCAGUAACUUCCCUGGUGUGAAGUUAAGGCCUAAGGCAUCCGUGCGUUCAUAUGGGAGCCGAGAAGGGUCCGUGUCAAGCCGUUCAGGAGAGUGUAGUCCUGUUCCCAUGGGAUCCUUUCCAAGAAGAGGAUUUAUGAAUGGAAGCAGGGAGAGCACUGGUUAUUUAGAAGAGCUAGAAAAAGAGAGAUCUCUUUUGCUUGCGGAGCUUGAGAAGGAAGAGAAAGAAAAGGAUUGGUAUUAUGCCCAGCUUCAGAACCUGACUAAAAGGAUUGAUAGUCUCCCCCUUACUGAAAAUUUCUCCUUGCAAACGGAUAUGACCAGAAGGCAGUUGGAAUAUGAGGCAAGGCAAAUCAGAGCUGCAAUGGAAGAACAACUAGGUACCUGUCAGGACAUGGAGAAACGAGCACAGGCAAGAGUGGCGAGAAUUCAACAAAUAGAGAAGGACAUUCUUCGUAUACGACAGCUCCUGCAAUCACAAACAGCUGAAGCAGAGAGAACAACUCAAAGCAAGCAUGAUUCAGGCUCCCAUGAUACAGACAGACUUAAUGAAGGUCAAGGAGCAGCAGAAAUCAGCGUGACAACUAGCAGUACUGGUCAGGGUUCUGUUGCUCGAAUGGACCACGAGACAGCCAGUGUUAUGAGCUCUAGUAGUAAUUAUUCUGUUCCUCGCAGACUGACAAGUCACCUGGGUACCAAGGUAACCGAAGAUUACAAACCACAGGUGGAAAUGGUGUAUUCAUUGUUAUCAAUGCUUGGUACUCAUGAUAAAGAUGACAUGUCAAGGACGUUGUUAGCCAUGUCCAGCUCUCAAGACAGCUGCAUAGCCAUGCGCCAGUCUGGGUGUCUUCCUCUCCUCAUCCAGCUAUUACAUGGCAACGAUAAAGACUCUGUCUUGUUGGGAAACUCUCGUGGCAGUAAAGAGGCCCGUGCCAGAGCCAGCGCAGCACUGCACAACAUCAUUCACUCUCAGCCUGAUGAUAAAAGAGGCAGGCGGGAAAUACGUGUGCUUCAUCUUUUGGAGCAGAUCCGUGCUUACUGUGAAACAUGUUGGGAAUGGCAGGAAGCACAUGAACAAGGCAUGGAUCAAGACAAAAACCCAAUGCCUGCUCCAGUAGAUCAUCAGAUCUGUCCUGCAGUGUGCGUUUUGAUGAAACUUUCAUUUGAUGAAGAACACAGGCAUGCAAUGAAUGAGCUUGGAGGUUUGCAGGCCAUUGCUGAACUGUUGCAGGUAGAUUGUGAAAUGUAUGGACUGACAAAUGAUCACUAUAGUGUUACCUUAAGGAGGUAUGCUGGAAUGGCUCUGACAAACUUGACUUUUGGAGAUGUGGCAAACAAGGCUACGUUAUGUUCUAUGAAGGGCUGUAUGAGAGCUCUUGUAGCCCAACUGAAAUCUGAAAGUGAAGACUUACAGCAGGUCAUUGCAAGUGUGUUGAGGAACUUAUCCUGGCGAGCAGAUGUAAACAGUAAAAAGAUUCUGAGAGAAGUUGGAAGUGUGAAAGCACUGAUGGAAUGUGCUUUAGAGGUUAAGAAGGAAUCCACCUUAAAAAGCGUUCUGAGUGCCUUAUGGAAUUUAUCAGCACAUUGUACCGAGAACAAAGCUGAUAUAUGUGCUGUUGAUGGUGCUCUUGCAUUUCUAGUCGGCACACUGACAUACCGGAGCCAAACAAACACUUUAGCCAUCAUAGAAAGUGGAGGAGGAAUAUUACGAAAUGUUUCUAGCUUAAUUGCUACUAAUGAGGACCAUAGGCAAAUCUUGCGAGAGAACACCUGCUUACAAACCUUGUUACAACACUUGAAGUCACACAGUUUGACAAUAGUCAGUAAUGCAUGUGGGACCUUGUGGAAUCUUUCUGCACGAAAUGCAAAGGAUCAGGAGGCACUAUGGGACAUGGGAGCAGUUAGUAUGCUGAAAAAUCUCAUUCACUCAAAACACAAAAUGAUAGCCAUGGGUAGUGCUGCAGCUUUAAGAAACCUCAUGGCAAACAGGCCAGCAAAAUAUAAAGAUGCCAACAUUAUGUCUCCAGGAUCAAGCUUACCAUCUCUUCAUGUCAGAAAACAAAAGGCACUGGAGGCAGAAUUAGAUGCUCAGCAUUUAUCAGAGACUUUUGACAACAUUGAUAAUUUGAGCCCAAAAGCAUCUCACCGUAAUAAGCAGAGGCAUAAGCAAAAUAUAUACAGUGAGUAUGUCUUAGACUCCAGUCGGCAUGAUGAUGCUGUGUGCAGAUCAGAGAGUUUUAAUGCUGGUAAUGUGACUGUACUUUCACCGUAUUUAAAUAGUACAGUAUUGCCCAGCUCCUCCUCUUCCAGUAGAGGAAACAUAGAAAAUUCUCGAUCAGAGAAAGACAGAAGUCUUGACAAGGAUCGAGCAGUAGGUUUAAAUACUUAUUAUCCAGGUGCAGAGAAUACUGGAAACUCAUCUAAGAGAAUGGGAAUGCAGAUUUCUACUGCUGCAGCUCAGAUCGCCAAAGUUAUGGAAGAAGUAACAAGCAUGCAUAUUCCACAAGAAGACAGAAGUUCUGGUUCUACUUCUGAAAUGCACUGUUUGACAGAAGACAGAAAUGCCCCAAGAAGAUCAGCCACUGCCCAUACUCACUCAAAUACAUACUUUCCUAAGUCUGAGAAUUCAAACAGGACAUGUCCUGGUCCUUACGCAAAAAUGGAGUACAAGAGAGCUUCAAAUGAUAGCCUAAAUAGCGUCAGCAGCAGUGAUGGCUAUGGUAAAAGAGGCCAAAUGAAACCUUCCAUUGAGUCCUACUCUGAAGAUGAUGAAAGUAAAUUUUGUAGUUACGGUCAAUAUCCAGCUGACUUGGCACAUAAGAUUCAUAGUGCAAAUCAUAUGGAUGACAAUGAUGGAGAGCUAGACACUCCAAUUAAUUAUAGUCUUAAAUACUCAGAUGAACAGUUAAAUUCUGGAAGGCAAAGUCCCUCUCAGAAUGAAAGAUGGGCAAGGCCUAAGCAUAUAAUAGAUGAUGAUAUGAAACAAAAUGAACAAAGGCAGCCAAGGAGCCAAAAUGUGACUUACCCCGUGUACAAUGAAAGUGGAGAGGAUAAACACAUGAAAUAUCAGUCACCUUUUGGACAACAGGAGUGUGUUUCUUCCUUUAGAUCAAGAGGAUCCAAUGGUUCAGAUCAGAGCAGGGUAGGCUCAACUCUUGGAAUUAAUCAGAAGGUAAACCAGUCCUUGUGCCAUGUUGAUGAUUAUGAUGAUGAUAAGACAACAAAUUAUAGUGAGCGUUAUUCUGAGGAGGAACAACAUGAAGAGGAAGAUAGACCAACUAAUUAUAGCAUAAAGUACAAUGAAGAGGACCAUCAUGUCGAUCAGCCUAUUGAUUAUAGUUUGAAAUACUCAACAGAAGUUCCACCUUCGUCUCAGAAGCCAUCUUUCACUUUCCCAAAGAGUUCUUCGGUGCAAAGUACUAAAACUGAGCAUAUUUCCUCAAGCAGUGGGAGCACAUCAGCCCCCUCAGCUGGUUCCAAGAGACAGAAUCAGCUUCAUCCAAAUUCUGCACAGGGCAGAGGCGGUCAUGUGCAGAAGACUGCUUCAUGUAAAACUCCCUCUAUUAAUCAGGAAACUAUACAAACUUACUGUGUGGAAGAUACCCCAAUAUGUUUUUCAAGGUGUAGCUCUUUGUCAUCUUUGUCAUCAGCUGAAGAUGAAAUAGGACGUGAUCAAUCCACACGUGUGACAGAUGGCAAUAACGCACUGCAGGUAGCAGAACUAAAGGAAAACAGUGGGGCAUUACCUACAGAAGGUGCAGUAAGUGAAAUCACAUCAACAUCACAACACGUCAGAACAAAACCCAAUAGACUUCAGACUUCUAGUUUGUCUCCUUCUGAUUCUUCUAGACAUAAAGCUGUUGAAUUUUCUUCAGGUGCCAAAUCUCCCUCUAAGAGUGGUGCACAGACUCCUAAAAGUCCACCAGAACAUUAUGUACAGGAAACACCUCUCAUGUUCAGCAGAUGUACUUCUGUAAGUUCCCUGGAUAGUUUUGAAAGUCGUUCAAUUGCUAGCUCAGUUCAGAGUGAGCCUUGCAGUGGAAUGGUAAGUGGUAUUAUAAGCCCCAGUGACCUUCCAGACAGCCCUGGACAAACAAUGCCUCCAAGCAGAAGUAAAACACCACCCCCAGCUCAAGGAGUUCAAGUAAAAAGAGAUGUACCUAAAGGUAAAGUACCAAGUGCAGAAAAGAGAGAGCCUGGUCCUAGACAGGCAGCUGUAAAUGCAGCAGUUCAAAGAGUUCAGGUUCUGCCAGAUGCUGACACACUAUUACAUUUUGCCACAGAAAGCACACCAGAUGGAUUCUCAUGCUCUUCUAGUCUGAGUGCUCUGAGUCUUGAUGAGCCAUUUAUACAGAAGGAUGUAGAAUUAAGAAUAAUGCCUCCGGUUCAUGAAAAUGAACAUGGAAAUGAAGCAGAACCUGAACAGUCAGAUGAUACAAAGGAUAACCAAGAAAAGAAAGCAGAGAAACCUACUGAAGCAGAAAAAGAUAUUCUGGAUGAUUCUGAUGAUGAUGAUGAUAUUGAAAUAUUGGAAGCAUGUAUUAUUUCUGCUAUGCCAACGAAGUCUUCACGUAAAUCCAAAAAGCCUUCUCAAGCAUCUGCUCAAAAAAUACCUCCUCCUGUAGCCAGAAAGCCUAGCCAGUUGCCAGUUUACAAACUUUUGCCUUCACAAAGCAGACUGCAGUCCCAAAAGCAUGUGAGUUUUACACCAGGAGAUGAUAUGCCACGGGUAUAUUGUGUUGAGGGUACACCAAUAAAUUUUUCAACAGCUACAUCUCUGAGUGAUCUCACAAUAGAAUCACCCCCAAGUGAGUUGGCCAAUGUAGAUAGUGUGGGUGCAGUAACAGAGUCAGGGGAAUUUGAAAAGCGAGACACCAUUCCUACAGAAGGUAGAAGUACUGAUGAUUCUCAGAGAGCAAAAAGCUCAACUGUGACUCCCCCAGGCCUAGAUGAUGACAAAACAGAAGAGGGUGAUAUUCUGGCUGAGUGUAUUAACUCAGCUAUGCCAAAAGGAAAAAGUCACAAACCAUUUAGAGUGAAGAAGAUAAUGGAUCAAAUUCAACAAGCAUCUUCAUCACUAAGUAAUAAAAACCAACCAGAAGGUGAGAAAAAGAAGCCAACAUCACCAGUAAAGCCUGUCCCCCAAAAUAAUGAAUACAGAGCACGUGUAAGAAGAACCACAGAGUCUAAAACUAGUAUCAGUAAUGAAAGAAGUUAUGCAGAGAGCAGAGAUGCAAAGAAACAGAAUCUUAAAAAUAAUUCAAGAGAUUUUAAUGACAAAUUGCCAAAUAAUGAAGAGCGUGUAAAAGGAAGCUUUGCAUUUGAUUCCCCUCAUCAUUAUACACCUAUUGAGGGAACUCCUUACUGUUUUUCACGAAAUGAUUCCCUAAGUUCUUUAGAUUUUGAUGAUGAUGAUGUUGACCUUACAAGGGAGAAGGCAGAAUUAAGGAAAGGAAAAGAAGCAAAGGAAACAGAAAUGAAAGACUGCACUAAUCCAGAACAGCCUUCAAAUCAGCAGCCAAGUAACAGGACACAAAUAUGUCAGAAAAACCCACCAGGCAGAAGCCAACCUAAAACUUUCUCUCAGUCAGCUAAAGAUAUUCCAGACAGAGGAGCAGCCACGGAUGAGAAAAUGCAGAAUUUUGCUAUUGAAAACACUCCUGUUUGUUUUUCCUGUAAUUCAUCUCUUAGUUCCCUCAGUGAUGUUGAUCAAGAAAACAAUAACAAAGAAGAGGAACCUGCAAAAUGUACUGAGGCUCCUGAUUCACAGAUGGAAUCAAACAGACCGCAGACUUCUGGCUAUGCACCUAAAUCAUUUCAUGUUGAAGAUACUCCAGUAUGUUUUUCUAGAAAUAGCUCUCUGAGUUCUCUUAGUAUCGAUUCAGAAGAUGAUCUUUUGCAGGAAUGUAUUAGUUCUGCUAUGCCUAAAAAGAAAAAGCCCUCAAGAACAAAGAGCGAAAGUGAAAAAAAUAGUUCUAGAAAUACAGGUGGUAUAUUGGCAGAAGAUUUAACACUGGAUUUGAGAGAGAUACAAAGGCCGGAUUCGGAACACGGCUUUUCACCUGAUUCAGAGAACUUUGAUUGGAAAGCUAUACAAGAAGGUGCAAAUUCUAUAGUUAGUAGCCUGCAUCAAGCUGCAGCUGCUGCAUCACUGUCGAGACAAGCUUCAUCAGACUCUGACUCUAUACUUUCAUUAAAAUCUGGUAUUUCUCUAGGGUCACCAUUUCAUCUUACACCAGACCAAGAAGAAAAACCCUUCACUUGUAAUAAAGGUCCAAGAAUUCUUAAGCCAGGAGAGAAGAGUACACUGGAGUCUAAAAAAGUAGAAUCGGAAAGCAGGGGAAUCAAAGGUGGAAAGAAAGUAUAUAAAAGUGUAAUUACAGGAAAAGCUCGCUCCAAUUCAGAAGUUUCAAGCCAGUUGAAGCAACCACAACAGACAAGUGUGCCUUCAAUUUCACGUGGUAGGACAAUGAUCCAUAUUCCAGGAGUACGUAACAGUUCCUCGAGUACUAGUCCUGUUUCAAAAAAAGGUCCUCCACUCAAAAACACAAACUCCAAGAGUCCCAGUGAAGGCCAAUGUCUGACUAGUUCUCCAAGAGGAAUCAAGUCAUCAGUGAAACCUGAGCCUGCUUCUGUAGUUGGGCAGCCAUCAGGUUUGAAUCCAGGUGGAUCGAGUAAAGGACCUUCUAGGUCAGGAUCUAGAGACUCAACUCCAUCUAGGCCUCAACAGCAGCCGUUAAGUAGGCCUCUGCAAUCUCCAGGCCGAAACUCAAUUUCCCCAGGAAGAAAUGGUAUAAGUCCUCCUAACAAACUUUCUCAGUUGCCAAGGACAUCAUCACCUAGCACAGCUUCAACUAAAUCUUCAAGUUCAGGUAGAAUGUCAUAUACAUCACCAGGCAGGCAGGUGAGCCAGCAAAACCUUACAAAGCAAACUGCCUUACCUAAGAGUACCAGUAGCAUUCCACGAAGCGAGUCUGCUUCAAAAGGGUUAAACCAAGCUCUCAGCAGUGGUGGUGGAUCAAACAAGAAGACUGAACUAUCCAGAAUGUCAUCCACAAAAUCUAGUGGAAGUGAAUCUGACAGAUCCGAGAGACCUGUUCUUGUUCGUCAGUCAACUUUCAUUAAAGAAGCUCCAAGCCCAACUCUAAGACGGAAAUUAGAAGAGUCAGCUUCAUUUGAAUGUCUCUCUCCUUCCAGGCCAGAUUCUCCCACAAGGUCCCAACUACAAACCCCAGUUUUAAGUCCAUCUCUUCCUGAUAUGUCUUUAUCUGCUCAUUCAACUGCCCAUACAAGUAGUUGGCGAAAAUUACCCCCUAAUCUGAGCCCUUCUGUAGAAUAUGAUGGGAGACCAGCAAAACGUCAUGAUAUAGCUCGUUCUCAUUCUGAGAGUCCCUCAAGAUUGCUGAUCAACAGAUCAGGUACUUGGAAGCGUGAGCACAGUAAACAUUCUUCAUCACUUCCUCGUGUAAGCACUUGGCGAAGAACUGGAAGUUCCUCCUCAAUUCUGUCAGCUUCCUCAGAAUCCAGUGAAAAGGCAAAAAGUGAAGAUGAAAAGCAACAUGGAAGUUCUCUUCCUGGACACAAGCAAAGUAAAGAAAGCCAAGCACCAGCAAAAGGUACUUGGAGAAAAAUAAAAGAAAAUGAAAUCCCGCAGAUAAUGAAUGAUCCUCAGCAUACUUCCUCAGUUGCCACAAAUGGCUCUGAUUCCAAAACUCUCAUCUAUCAGAUGGCACCAGCUGUCUCUAAGACAGAGGAUGUGUGGGUGAGGAUAGAGGACUGCCCAAUUAACAAUCCUCGAUCUGGAAGGUCCCCAACUGGAAAUACUCCCCCUGUUAUUGACAGUGUUUCAGAGAAAGGGGCUGUGAAUAGUAAAGAUUCUAAAGAGAUUCAAGAAAAACAAGCCUCAGGAAAUGGAGGUGUUCCAGUUCGUACCAGUGGUUUAGAAAACCGUCUGAACUCCUUCUUUCAGAUAGAUAGUCCAAACAAGAAAGGCACUGAGACAAAACCUCUGCCAAAUAAUCCUGUUCCUGCACCAGAAAAUAAUGAAAGUACUGUAAAUGAGCGUACACUAUUCAGUUCCAGUAGCUCAAGCAAACAUAGCUCUCCUAUUGGUGCUGUUGCAGCAAGAGUGACUCCUUUCAACUACAAUCCAAGCCGCAGGAAGAGUAGCGUGGACAGUAGUUCUGCUCGGCCAUCACAAAUACCAACACCAGUAAAUAACAGCACUAAGAAACGUGACUCCAAGUCUGAAAAUCCAGACAGCAGUGGAACUCAGAGCCCUAAACGUCACUCUGGCUCUUACCUGGUAACUUCUGUUUAAGUGCAACAAGAAAUAAAUAAACUGAUGUAUUAUAUACAGCAGCUAUUUAGAACUUUUGUUUCAGAUGAAACUUUAAAAGAUUGGGGAUUGAUUUUUUUGUUGUUGUUGUUUCUAUUUGUUGUAAAUAGGUUUGAUUCUUGUUAGAGGGUCCUUGUUCUGGAAGCCAUAUUUGAUAGUAUACUUUGUCUUCACUGGUAAUAUUUUGGAGGAAUAUCUGAUUGACAGUUUGGAGUAAAAUUGCUAAUGCAAGUAUAUUUGUACAGUAUGUUUAACAUGUAUUUAAUUAGCAUCCCAUCCCAUAAUCCUUUAAACAUUGCUUGUUGUUGAAAUCAUAGAACAUUGCAGAUAGAGAUGAUACAGUCAUAUUGCUUUAUCAAUCUUUUCUAGAUUACAGACUGAUUAAACUACAUCAGGAAAGAAUUGGUAUUAUUUAUGAAAAAAAAAAAUUUCUCACAUUUUAGUAUUUGUGAGUCCAUCUAACCCAGUAAUUACUCAAGUGACUGUGAAAUUCACAGUAAUAUGGUUUCUGCUGAACAAGCCUCUCCAAGCCUGCUUUACUGCAUGAAUGGAACUGAUGGUUCAUUUUCUGACGUAACGAUUAACAGAAUGUGUAUAGGUAGUUAUGGUGUAACAAUUUACACUUUCUUUGUGCUCUGAUUAAAAUAAUUAAAAAAAAAAAAAAAGAGAGAGAGAAAACUGUGUAACCGUAAAACCUUGAACAAAAUUAUUUUACCUGAAUUAGAUUUUAUCUUAAAGUAGGUAGAAUUUUUUUGCUAUGCUGUAACUUGUAUAUCCUGGUAUUUGAGGUGAGAUGGCUGCUCUUUUAUUAAUGAGACUUAGGGGAUGUCUCAACAGAGACUAAAAUGAACAUUUCAGAAUAAAUUAUUACUAUAUGUAAAUUGUGUGUGUUACUUCUGCAUUACAUAAAAAUACAGUAUUUUAUUUUGAGUUAUCACCAUAUAAUCCAUUGUAUAAUGCACUUACGGCCUAAUUCAUCAGAAUCUUGCACCUCAAGUAUUCAUUCCUCUUUACCACUGACAAAUAUAGGAUGCUUAAAACAUUUGCAGGAUCAGGCCCUAGGUCUUCUGUAAUAUAUUUGUAAUUGAAUCAGUUUCACACAUCUCAGGUGCACAACAAGGCUAAAGGCAGGGUAUUUCCAGUAGCCAAGAAGUAGAAUUGUUUUCAUGACUGCAAGCCUGAAACAAUAAUGUAUCUAUAAAAAUAACAUUUGUAAAACAAAAGUUGAUUUUUUUUUUAAUAUCAAAUAGUGACUAUA